ACGUUUCAAUACGAUUAUUUCGACUGAUAUUCAAUGUCUCUAUUUCGCAAAGAAUAUAAUUUCUCAAAGUUAGAAGAUAAUAUAAAAUAGAUACAUACGACCUAAAUUGAUCAAGUCAUUGACUGUAAUCGCAGCUUUCUGAAGCGAUUCAUCGACUCCCUUCUUUUGAGACAGGUGAUGUUUUGUACGGCAAUCAGCACACAGCACUUUAUCGCAAUGUAAACAUGUACGUACUUCCGUUGUUUCCUUGCACUGUGCACAUUGAGCUUGAAUUGUCGAUGGUGAUUCGUCAGUAAUGACGGAAUACGGGUCUCGACUACAUUCAAGACGAACAAAUACAUAUACAUUUCGAGCAAAAAACGACGAGAGAAAAAUUUUGCUACAUCGUUACGGAAUAAGUUUUUUCACCGCAACUAGGCAAUGAUACAGAAUCUGCUGGAUCUUUCGCGUGGCAAUUGCAAAAAAUCGAAAAAUUUGAGACCAUGCCGAAAAUGAAUUACGUGGGUCGUUCAAAAAGUAUCCGGACUGGUUUUAUUAUUAAGCAAUAAGAAGCGUUGUUGUUCUUAGCUUUUAGUCUAUGUGUAGGUGGAACAGUGCUCCAUCUAUAGGUAUCAUAAUCAUUAGGCAAUGAAAUAGCUAUGCACGAAUAUAACGAUUUUUGUCAGAUCACCCUUUAUACACUGAUGGAAAAUCAAAAGUUUGAGCAUCGCUCAGUAAUAAAGUUUCUUAUUUUGGAAGGACAAUCUCCAUCCAAUAUUUAUGAACGUAUGGUAGCAGUUUAUGGUGACUAUGUUCCAUCACGUACAACAGUAUUUGAAUGGAUUCGUCGUUUUAAAGACGGACAAUUAAAUGUUGAAGAUGGUCCUAAAUGUGGUCGACCAAUUACUACAACAGACGAUCAAACUAUUAAAGCUGUUGAAUGUCUAAUUAUCGAAGAUCGUCGAAUUACAAUUCAGCAAAUAGCAGAUGCCCUUGGCAUUUCAACCGGCACGGUACAUGAUAGUAUACAUGAACAUUUACAUAUGACUAAAGUUUGUUCAAGAUGGGUGCCACAUUUACUAACACCGGAUCAAAGACACGAACGUGUUCGAGCAUGUCAAGAACUUUUGGCUCGCUAUUCAAUUGAAAGAAACGACUUUAUUUUUCGAAUAAUAACUGGUGAUGAGUCGUGGAUGUAUUAUUAUCAACCUGAAUCAAAACAAUCAUCAAAACAAUGGAAACGAGCUGAUUCACCACCACCAACAAAACUCAAACAAGAAAAGUCAACUAAUAAAGUUUUAUUUAAUGAACUUCAUCCAGAAAUUAAAAAACAACGGCGAGUUUUAAUUUCAGUUGGUAUUAUUCUUCAUCAUGGUAAUGCUCCAGCACAUACAUCACAUCUUGUUUUUUUCUACUAUUCAUAA